CCUCGAAGAAAUUUGAAUAAAAAUACAGGAAUUCAAUUACUAUGCAAUACAAUUAGAUACGAGUAUCCGCAGAAAUGUUAUUAAAAUGGCUUUUUAAUAUUAAUAAAAAAUGAAAUUUUAAAAGAUUUAAAUUAUGUGUUAAAAUAUGGAAUUUUUAAUUGUAAAGAAAGCCGGCUUUCUAUGGUACUUAGAAUUUUUGGACAUAGUCUUUUCCGCUUGAGUAUUAAACAAUCAAAACGUCACGUUAUUGCUCUCUAUUUACUAACAAGGAAAUUUUAUUAUAAAACUUUUAAUCUGUUGAAUAAUCACAAUAGAAAAAAUGGGCAAGAGAUGUUCUGAUUUAGGUUAGAAAAGUCAGUAACAUAUUGAUAAGAGAACAAAACACUUGCAAUAAUCGUGCAGUACAGUGAAAAGAAUGUAUCAAAUUAUACCAAGAUUUGGAAGUGUUCGGCCGCCUAAGCGCUUACGAAACGACACCAUGGAAGUACCUUCAACAACAGAUGUUGUUAUUAUAGCAGGCAACUCGCAUCCAGAUUUGGCUAAUCAAGUUGCUGCUCGUCUUGGUGUUAAAAUGGGAGCUGCUGCAGUUUAUCACAAAACAAAUCGAGAAACAAUGGUGGAAAUUGGUGACUCAAUUCGUGGAAAAGACAUUUAUAUAAUUCAGACAGGAACAAAAGACGUGAACAACAAUAUUAUGGAGUUAUUAAUUAUGGCUUAUGCUUGCAAAACUUCAUCGGCUCGUUCAAUUGUUGGUGUCAUCCCAUAUUUACCAUAUUCCAAACAAUGUAAAAUGCGUAAACGUGGCUGUAUUGUAACAAAAUUAUUGGCACAAAUGAUGUGUAAAUCCGGUUUGUCUCAUAUUAUUACUAUGGACUUACACCAAAAAGAAAUUCAGGGCUUCUUUGAUUGCCCAGUCGACAAUUUACGGGCAUCACCUUUUCUGUUACAAUAUAUACAAGAAAGCAUCCCAGAUUAUCGAAAUUCUGUUAUAGUUGCAAGAAAUCCAGGUUCAGCAAAAAAAGCAACAUCAUACGCAGAACGUCUACGUUUGGGAAUAGCUGUUAUUCAUGGCGAGCAAAAAGAAUCUGAAAGCGAUGAAGUUGAUGGUAGAUAUUCCCCACCACCAGCAAUACGAUCGCGUACGAUGGAUGUUUCUGUAGGAGUUCCUGUCCACCCUGCAAAAGAAAAACCACCAAUAAAUGUUGUUGGUGAUGUUGGUGGACGCAUAGCUAUCAUGGUUGAUGAUUUAAUUGAUGAUGUUGCAUCUUUUGUUGCUGCAGCUGAAGUUCUUAAAGAAAGGGGAGCUUACAAAAUUUAUGUUUUGGCAACUCAUGGCCUAUUAAGCUCAGAUGCACCACGUUUAAUUGAAGAUUCUCCAAUUGAUGAAGUGGUGGUAACAAACACAAUUCCACACGAAUUGCAAAAGAUGCAAUGUCAUAAAAUUAAGACUGUGGAUAUAUCAGUUUUGAUUGCGGAAGCUAUACGUAGAAUUCAUAAUAAGGAAUCAAUGUCCUAUCUAUUUCGAAAUGUUACGCUUGAAGACUAAAUGUUUUUGGAUUAAAUUUAGUUUGGGGAAAUCAACUCUUUUUUUUGAAAAAUUUUUAACAAACAUACCAGUAGUAUAACUGAUUAAAUUUACUUUCUCUUGAUAAUUUGUUUUAAACAUACAUAUUAUAUCAUCAUAAACAUAAAUGGAGCAGUUCAAAAAUUUUAUUUUUAUAGAAUACAAUGAGAAAACUUUUCCUACAACAAACGUAAUGUACCAAAACAAUUAAAAAAACACUAGUAAAAAAAAUUAUUUGUAAUCAAAAAUUUUUCAAUAUUUUUAGUAGCUAAAAAUUCUGCAAAAUUUUGUUAUUUUUCACCAUCAUCUUCUUGGCUCACUUCUUUUUUAAUCUUUAACUUGUGAAAUUUUAAAAUAU